CUCAUUUAGGGUGGGUUUACUCUUUGUUAACAUCUGAUUCAGUCCAAAUAUUAAUUCUUUGUUCACAAAAUGGAAUAUAUGCGCCCCAUUUGGAAUUGUUUCACUACAUUUUGUAGCUGCUUGCAUUGCAAUGAGGAUAUUACGAGUCAGGGAUACGAGCCUAGUGAGAGAACCCAUCUGUUGUCAGAUACCGCAAACAACAGUCCAGCAUUAAGGAGAGCAAACUCCGAUACUAUAGCAGCGGAUUGCAAUCCAUCAUUACCAAAAAAGGAUGACCAAAAUGCUCUCUGCCGACUUGUACAGAAUACGGCAAUCAAUAUGAUCGAUGUUGGUGCUAUGGAUUCUCAUAACUUAGAACAUCAGGAAUGUGACGUACGCAUCAAACUGUAUUCGCACCGUUUGCAACAGCAAUGGAGCAAUGUACAAAAUCCUUCUAAGUCGCCACAAGGUAUAUUGAAGGAUGUUCCAAAACCAGAAUUAUAUUUACCAUUGUCAGUACAUCCAGACGAUAUUAUGCAGAUAAAUGCCGCCAUCGAGAAAGUACAUCUUGCGUUAUCAGCCUUCAAAGUGGACCACAAGGAAGCUAUUGUAGUGCCUUUCAGGAUUCCAUAAAUAUUAAAUUUAUUUAAAAUCUCUGUAGAUAAAUAAAAUCAUAUAAUUAGUAAGUUAAA